AUGAGUUGUGAAGAGAUACCACUUUUCAAAAUGAAGGACAUGAUACUGAUCCUGUGCCUCCUGAAAAUGAGUUCUGCAGUGCCGGCGUUUCCUCAGCAACCUGGGACACCAGGCAUGGCUAGUUUGAGCCUUGAGACAAUGAGACAGCUGGGAAGUUUGCAGGGAUUAAACUUGCUUUCUCAGUAUUCAAGAUUUGGCUUUGGGAAAUCAUUUAAUUCUUUGUGGAUGCAUGGUCUCCUCCCACCACACUCCUCUUUCCCAUGGAUGAGACCAAGGGAACAUGAAACUCAACAGUAUGAAUAUUCUUUGCCUGUGCAUCCCCCACCUCUCCCAUCGCAGCCAUCCCUGCAGCCUCAACAGCCAGGACAGAAACCUUUCCUCCAGCCCACUGUUGUAACCGCCAUCCAGAACUCAGUCCAGAAGGGACUACCUCAGCCUCCGGUUUACCAGGGACAUCCACCCUUGCAGCAAGUUGAGGGGCCAAUGGUGCAAGAGCAGGUGGCACCAUCAGAAAAGCCACCAACGGCCGAGGUAAUUCCUUUCUCUGAAGUCAGAUCAGGAUCAUCUACUAACUUAAUGAAAGAAAACCAAUUGGCACUACCAGGAAUGGAUUUUGCUGAUCCACAAGAUCUACCAAUGUUGGUUCCAAUAUCCCGUUUGCUAUCUCGGGGACCAAUGCCACAAAAUAAACCAUCUCCACUUUAUCCAGGAAUGUUUUACUUGUCCUAUGGAGCAAAUCAAUUGAGUGCUCCUGCCAGACUUGGCAUCUUGAGCUCAGAAGAAAUGGCGGGAGGCAGAGGAGGCCCCAUGGCUUAUGGGUCCAUGUUCCCAGGAUUUAGAGGCAUGAGGUCCAACCUUGGAGGGAUGCCCACCAAUCCAGCUAUGGGAGGGGAUUUUACACUGGAAUUUGACUCCCCAGUCGCUGGAACCAAAGGUCCCGAGAAGGGAGAAGGAGGUGCACAAGGCUCCCCUGUGCCAGAGACCAACCCAGACGAUCCAGAAAACCCAGCUCUCCUUUCAGAGGUAGCACCUGGUGCCCUCGGAGGGCUCCUUGCUAGUGCUAAGGACAAUGUUCCCAACCUGGCAAGAAUCAGGGGACCAUUCAGGGUCACCCCAGCGGCUGCUGACCCACUGAUGACUCCUGGAUUAGCUGACGUUUAUGAGACAUACGGUGUUGAUGAGACCACAACCAUGGGUCUCCAGGAAGAGACAACUGUGGAUUCCACGGCAACCCCAGAUAGUCUACAGACAUCGAUGUCAGGAAACAAGGCCCAGCAGCCCCAGAAUAAGUAUGAUGCGUGGCAUUUUCAAGAGCCCUGA